UCGCCAGACAUUCAUUAGGUUAGUAUGUGGUCACAGUGGUGUGUGGGCUAUUGUUGAAGCCCAGGGAAGUCAUACAUUCUUUUUUUUGCGGGGGAUUUCUGUAUAGGUACAGAUGUCUAACGGGGGUAGGCUGUUUAGGGUGUUCAGAGAUGUUAUUGUCUUUGCAAAAUUGGUUCUGGUGUUUAAAAGAUAUAGGUACGUUUUUCUGGGCUGAUACUUUUGUAAUGGAGUAAAUAUUAAUAGCAUUUCAGUAUUAAAUAAUAGUUUUGUCUGUUGAAUUUAGUUCUUUCAGAAAGAAUGGCACUAUUUUUGCGUUAACAUUACAUUUUUUUCCCCGUUUUACUUCAACACUAAAAUGUUGGUAAACUGGUUGGUUUAUAAACGUUUGCUGUACUGUGGGAUCCUGUGGCUGGAGAAUACUAAUGGAGGGUUUUGUCUUACACAGUGGUUUACUUUGGGUAUUAGUGAUGUCACUUAAUUUUGAAGUGCUCUUUACGCACUUGCACACGUGUGUUUAAUGGGCGCACUGAGGUCUAAUUCUCCCUGAACACAAGGGAAAUGUAGACUAAGGAGCGUUUCCUUCCAGACCCCUUUUCUUUCUUUUUUUGUCUCCCUUUUCUUUCUGUCCUUCUCUUUCUUAUAUAUGUUUUUCUCUUUGCAUUAUUUGAAACGUUCCUGGCUUCUUUCUUUGUUUCAAAGGGCAUCAUGAAAAAAUAUAUAUGCUUUUGCUUAUCUUUAAUUUACUGUAUUUUCAGUUGACAUGUUUACAGAAUGCCCCAUAUUUGCCAAAUCUGACUGUUGGUAAAACAGCUGAAUGGUGGGUCAUAAUCUUGAUUAUUCAUUUUGUUGCAUUUCUUGAUCCUCCACAGGGAAAUUACAGAACCCAAAAGACACUCCGUGCCAAAAAGCAUAUAUUCUAUCUGGCCAGUGCUCUUCCUAUGGCCGCCUGCUGUUCUUGAUUAACUCUCCACGCCAAGGUUGACAGUGCUUGCGCAAGAGGUUUCUUUGCAGAAAUCAGGCCCAUUUGCAUGACAAAACCCUGGUACAGCACCACCAAAGGCUGUCGGAGGGCUUGAACAAAGGGAGGGUCUGCUUUCACCUCCUCCCCAGCAUCAGAACCUCACAGAGAGGAGAGAGAGAGAGGAACGAGCACAAGGAACGGACUAAGCUGACCUACACACAGCCUCGGAUGUGCAGGAAAGCUGAAGAAGAUUCUGGAUGCGUAUGUGCUCUCACUGUGACUACUAUGAAUCUUGGCGUGAUGUUUGACUGAGGAGGACUGGCUCUGGGACUAGACCAAAGAGAACAAGGGGACCUUCAUCCCACUUGCAAACAUGCACCAAUAGGGCAGCAUUUACAUUAGAUGGCACUCAGCACACAUUCAUCACACACAAAACACACAUGCUAUACAAACACAAUCACACAUUUACACACACAAACACACACAUACAUAUGUACAUACAGAGGGUCUUCUGAGCAUCAUUGCGAUUUUUCCAAACGUGUGGCUAUUUUCCAUUGAUCUCUUCUCACUGAGAAGCACACUCAAGAACAAGCUAUGCAAAGAUGACGGGAAUGUUGUUUAUCAUUCUUCUGGCCAAUGCAGUGGUGGUGAGUGAGAAUGAGCCCACCCAGCCCCAGCCAGAGAGAGGGGGGCAGGAGUCUGAGGAAUUCAGGAGCAUAGAUUCUGCACUGGUUCAUAUGACUGAAGAUAAAGUGUUCCAGCUGAUCAAUGCUUCUUUGAGCUUCCAGUGGGCCAGACGCUUCUGCAGGACUCAGUUCAGUGUGCUGACUGUAAAGGAGACGCCGGAGGAUGAGGAGGGGGCCCUCCUGCUGCUCAGAGAGUCCCGGCUCCAAGAGCCCAUUUGGGUUAUAGACCCUAACCAACCGCUCAUCAGAGAGUCAGUGGCUGUCUCCAAACAGUACCAGGUCCUACGCACCUUGUCCUUUUCUCUGGAGUCCACGGAGGGGCACGCUCGCCUAGGCACACGCUUCCCACCCCUGCAGGCCGUGAGUGUGUGCGUGCGCAUCCAGUGGGACCUGCGGCACAACCAGGUGUCCACCAUUUUCUCCUACGCCGCCUCCGUCUUCAUCAACGAGUUUCAGCUCCGGGGACGAGCGGACGGUGCAGAUGGGCAGGUCCUCCUGGCCCUCAUUGUUCAUGGCCACCACUGCCCUUAUAAGGCCUCCUUCCCCAAUGACGGAGAAUGGCACCAGGUGUGUGUCAGCUGGAGGAACAGCGAUGCACUCUGGGUGAUAUACGUUGACGGGGAGAUGAGAGACACUGGGACUGAGACAGAUCCAACUCGAGAAAUCCACGGAGAGGGGAUAUUCAUUGUGGGACAGGACCAGGAUUCCUUUGGUGGUGACUUUACUGAGCCGUUUGUGGGAAAUAUCACGGAUUUGAAUGUGUGGGAUGUGGUUUUGGAGGAGGAUCAGAUUCAGACGCUGAAGGCGUGCUGGCCUCUGGAAAAUCAGGAUGCCCUUUUCAGCUGGAAUAGUCAGAAUCUGACCCUUCACCCAGAUGUAAAGGAAGUACCUGCCAACAUAUACUGCCCAGGUAUACUGAGGCAGAGGGCGAGAGACGAGUGUGAUGUCCUGGAGGGCUGGACCUCACACAUUUACAGCAAACAGCCCUGCUCCAAGGAACUACCGUUUAUCUGUAGAACCAGCAAAAAGCGUUAUCUAAUCAUGAAAGAGCUGAAAGAAGCCCAGAGCUCUCAUCCAAGUCCUUUCAUGAGCCACCUGAUGCAGGACUCUGGGGAUUCACAGGUUAUGGAUGAGCCUUUAGCAGGGAUUACCUGGGUACAGGCGUCUCACCUCCUGAAUGUGUCGCGGCAAGCUCUGAGUGAAACGCGGGAGCCCCUCGAACCCACCGAUGUGCUGUCGCUCGUGCAGAUCCUGUCUCGUGCAGCUGAAGUGUCCACCCUUGCUAACAAGAGCCAACCAGCAGUCGAGCUCCUGAGUCAACAUUUCCUCACGGUGGCGGACAACAUCGUUAGCUCCGACAAUGCCCGCAUGUGGAAUGUGGUCAAAGAGGUUGCUAGUGGGCCAAUGUCUGUGGUCCGGAGCAUAGACCGCAUGGUGACCAACCUCAACUCCUUGCUGAUAGCUGAUAGAGAUAGCGUUCAAAUCCAGAGCGACAACAUCAGGCUGCAGGUCCAGAAAAGGAAUCUGGGAGAAGCCUCUGCGAGUUCAAACUUUUGUGGUCCACACUCAGAAAAUAACACAGGCCUGGACUGCAUCUCCUUGUCAUCUCAGCAAAUGGAAGAACUCCAUAGCAAUGGGUUCAGGGAGGUCACGUUGCUGAACACCUGGUAUGGUUCUCUCCACCAGCUCUUAAACACAGAGGAGAACAUCACCAUGUCUCCCGAUGUCAGCGAUGGAACACAGAGGUACCUGGGCACCGUAUUAGGGUCAGCAGUCAUCUCCAGCACAGUUCUUGGGGAUGGGCAGCCAAUCAGUAUGCCUGUACACUUCCAACUGCAACAUAUAACACAGAAUCCCAUAGGCUUUCUUUACGAACCCAUGUGUGCAUUUUGGGAUUUUAACCUCAUGCCAGAGGAUGGAGGAAGUUGGUCCUCUUAUGGCUGUGAAGUCCUCUCCGCCCAGGAGGACUCCACCACCUGCUCCUGCAAUCACACCACCAACUUUGCUUUGCUUCUGCAGAUCUAUGAAGUUGAGAGAAGCCCAGAGGAUGAGAAGGCACUGCAGAUGCUGACGUUCAUUGGAUGUGGGAUAUCCCUGUGUGGCCUCAUUCUCACGCUCAUCCUCUUCACUGCAGUUGGAGUGCCGAAAUCAGACCGCACAACAGUCCACAAGAACUUGAUUGUGGCUUUGGCUGUGGCUCAGCUCCUUCUGAUGUUUAGUGACUGGGCCUCUACAAACCAUGAGGCGUGCAUGUUGGUGACAGCUCUGCUACAUCUCUUCUUCAUGGCUUCAUUCAGCUGGAUGCUGGUGGAAGGGCUAUUGCUGUGGAGUAAAGUCGUGUCAGUCAAUAUCAGCGAGGAGAGACGCAUGCGCUUCUAUUAUGCACUAGGCUGGGGUCUACCUGUUGUGAUUGUCACUGUGACCUUGACAAUUUCCCUCAACAAGUACAAAGCAGAUAACCACUGUUGGCUCAACAUAGAGUCUGACAUUAUAUGGGCCUUUGUGGGACCUGUUCUCUCAGUUCUGGCGGUGAACACUGUUGUGCUUUGCCGUGUUGUCAUGGUGACUGUAUCCAGCGCUCAACGAAGAGCAAAGAUGCUCUCUCCAAGCACAGCUUCCAAACUCCACACAUUCGACCUCACCUGGGCUGCGACUCGUCCUGUCCUGAUUUUGCUGCCCGUGUUGGGCCUUACCUGGCUCUGUGGAGUCCUGGUGCACACGUCUGUGGUGGUGGCUUACAUUUUCAUCAUACUCAAUGCCUUUCAGGGCUUGUAUAUAUUCUUGGUGUAUGCUGUAUACAACAGUGAGGUACGCAAUGCCAUAAAGAGGAUUCAGGAGAAGAGGAAAGCACUGUCCUUCACGAACUGUUCUCAGCCCAUUGGCUUCCUACCAUCCCAGAGAACUCCCGCAGCCUUCUGGGCCCAGAGCAUGCCCACCCCGUCCAGCCUGGAGAGCAGUGAGAUCUCCAGCCCCAUCACCAGCACCACCUCCAGCUCACUGGUCUUCAGGAACGAGAGUUUCAGAAAGAACAGCUUUGUCAGUUUUUCUCUCAAACCAACCUCUGGAAACCAGGUAGUUGAACUGACUGCCUUCAAGCCUUCAGGUUGCUGAGGUCAGGCUGUGAUAGUUGCAUGGACUUCAUGGAAACAUGGACUCUUUCAUGGGAUGAAGCAAAAAGGAUAUAGUUUAGCCAAACACUGUAUUUUCUCUGGCAACAAAGCAAAUAUGACAUGCACACUCUCACUCUUUCACUCUCUUCCGCCAGAACAAACACACACACACACACACACACACACACACACACACACACACACACACACACACACACACACACACACACACACACACACACACACACCAAGCCAGGAAGCAGCUGGACAGAAAGCGGCCUCCCCCAUGAUGCACCAGAACUCCUCCACAUUUUGCACAGCAUUCCCAGGAUUCAGUACCGAGAACAGAGAACAAGGUGAAUGCCCAAGCCUCUCUACUACUGAACCAACACAUCAGUAUCACGAGCCUCCACAACUGUUUGCCUCGGUAUAAAGAGCCUCUACAGUUAGUUAUGCUACAUCAUCACACUUGGCAUUAUUUUGAAUACUUUUAUCUCAUUUGCCUGCAUAAUGCAAUCCUCAAAGGCAUAUUCAGAGAUAUAACUGUGAGUUAUUGCCUUUCAUUUUAUAUCUCAGUAACGCACAUUAUCAAACUCAUUAGAGGUAGUAUUGUAAAGCAUUAUCGUAUUGCAUGACCAGACAGCACUGCUGUGUUGUCAGUGUACAAGUGUAGACUUUGAGUGAGGUGGAUCUUCCCACCUAUACCGAUACUGUACUGUAGAUACUGUGCAGAGCUCAAUGCACAAGUCAGAGUCAGAUAACUAUGUAAACCUAUCACUGGCCAGACACCUAUCAAAGCUUCUGUCUGCUUCCAGUGACAUCCUGCCGGGUGAAAACAUGAUGAGCUGCUUUAUUUCACAGAAUUCCAGAAACAAUUGCAAAAUAGUUCGAUUGGAGCUCUGAGUAUUUGGGUUUAUAAGCAGAACCUAGAUGUGAUUUUUAGGGGAAGAUGAAGUUGCUGUAGUAACUUUGUUCUGAGAUGGGAACAACUUGUUGGGGCUUGUCAUGGGUUUGUUGUGUGCACAAAAUAUUUGUUGUGAUCUAAAAUAAAUUGACUUUCAGAUUGUG